UUACGUCACGUUGACAUACCUUCACCUAUCAAACGUCUUUAUAAAACAACUAUAUUACUUAAGUGAUGUGGGUUGAGGAUACGCUAUGCUCAACCCCCUACCCCCCAUAUCGACCGUGGUUGGCGCCUGCAUUACACCGUAAACAGUGAAUAGGGAAGGCUGUAUUUCAGAUUCAGCUGUAAACGUGAUUCAGACACAUUUUUACUUCGAAGUAUCAAAUAUCGCUGCUGAGAUACUAAACUAAGGUCUUCAUAGUAUUUAACUGUUAUAUAAAUCGUGGCGCAAUCUUGCGUCGCCACACUUCGCAGGGUGUAUGAGUGAUUUUUGGACGUAUUGCUUUUUUAAUCUUCUCUUAAUGGUCCAAGAUCAAAAUAAACCCGUCACUUUAAAGCUAAACAGCGUGGCUAGACAAUCCAGUCGUUACUCGGCAAGGGACCCAAGAUUAAGAUAUUAAACUGCACAAAUACUACGACAGUAUUAAAUAAAUUAAAGAAGUAAUAUAAUAUUAUAAUGCAAUUGGAUGAGAGUCCAAGUGUGGUUUUAAGAAAAAGCGCUCUUGGCGACAGAACGAAAGUGCAAGAUGCUGUACGAGAAUCUAUCUUGACGGACUCUACUUCAGGGAUAGUCAAAGGGGAUAACGACUCCACAAGCAUUGGUUCUUCGACUCCUUUCUCCAGUCCUGAAUUAGACAUAAGCGCCAAAGAACUUUUAUCACCCAAAGUUAAUAAGGACAGGAAAAGUGUACAGUACGAAGAAGAUUUCGAUGGAAUCAAUAAUGAUGUGGAAAAGAAAAGUGGUAAAAAUCAUGUAGAUAAAACCGAAAUAGUUGAUGACGAAAUAGCUAGAAUUGAAAAUGAAAAGCUUAUUGGAGCAAAUGACGUUACAAAAGUAUCUAUACCAGAUGGGGGGUGGGGUUGGAUAGUUGUUCUAUCCUCUUUCGUAAUAUCUAUGAUCGCGGAUGGCAUUAGUUUCUCUUUUGGCUUGUUGUACAUUGAAUUUUUAGAUGAAUUUGGAGCAAGUAAAUCAACAACAGCUUGGAUUGGCAGCCUGUUUAUAGCUGUGCCGCUUCUAGCUGGACCUGUGAUGAGCGCUCUUGUAGACAGAUAUGGAUGUAGAAGUAUGACCAUUUUAGGAGGGAUUAUUUCAUCUUUGGGUUUCGUACUGGCAUCUAUAUCAACUACGUUGGAGACUAUGAUGCUCACUUUUGGAGUUAUUGCGGGUUUGGGCUUAGGACUGGUAUAUGUAACAGCAGUAGUGUCCAUAGCAUAUUGGUUUGAAAAGAAAAGGAAUCUGGCUGUCGGCCUUGGGGCUUGUGGAACUGGUGUAGGUACAUUUGUUUAUGCACCGAUGACUCAAUAUUUUAUCGAUGAAUAUGGUUGGAGAGGAACCAUCCUUCUUUUGUCUGGUACGCUGUUAAAUUUAUGUGUCUGCGGUUGUGUUAUGAGAGAUCCGGAGUGGUGGAUAUUAGAGCAGAAACGGCAAAAGGAAGAAGAGAAGUCUACAAAAGAUGACGUCAAAUCUAAAUAUUCCAGCUCAUAUUCCGUUGCUAAUGGUAAUAAUCCAAAUGAUUUUGAAAUUCAAACGAAAGGGAAAAAUAUGAAAAUAAUGAUUAACAGAGGUGUAUCACCUGAAAAGGUUAUCAAAGAUGAAGUGGCCAGCAUACGCCGACUAGAAAAUGUGAUCUCUUCUCAAUUAAAUGACCGAAAAUCUAGCUCAUUAUUGAAUUUACCAACUUACUUAACAUGCAACGAUAAGAAAUCUUCCACAUUUGUAGAGUGUUUAUUAAAUAAGUGGAAUAAUAAAUCGGCGGUAAAAUUUCCAACUAAAAACGAAGCUUUAGAAGAGAAUGAAGAAAAUCACUUAAAAAGCAAUAGCCCUAAAGAAAUACUCAAUAACGGCAAAAUGCAGAGAACGUGCUCAGAACAGAUAAAUAGAAAUAAUGAGGAAAUAGAGAGUUAUAAGAGAAGGCAUCCGAAGUUAGGGCAGAUUAGAAAGUCUUUAUCAGAGACAAAAGAAAACAGACCAUUAUUGAAACAAGACAGCAAGGAAAGUAAACGAGAGUGGCUGAAGAAACAACUAUCAGUGAAUCAUCAUUAUUUGAGAGAUCUUAAAAUGCCGAUAAAUUCAUUAAGUCACAGGAACGCUAUGUUGAAUAUAAAGAAAUACAAAUUGAAAGCUUCGUCAUGUCCGGACAUAUUUAAAAACUCUAUGAUAACAGUGAAUGAGCAAGAAGAGAAAUGGUAUGACGAUUGUGUAAGUUGCCUUGGAGAUAUGUUCAACUUGUCUCUCUUCAAGAAGAUUACAUUCGACCUUCUUUGUAUUGGGACCAUAGUUAUUUUCGUCUGGUUCAUAGUCCCAUACUUCUACCUCGCUGAACAUAUGAUCCAGAAUGGCUACUCCGAAGACGAUGGCGCAUUUAUGUUGAGUCUGAUAGGUGUCACCAACACUAUCGGCAUGGUCACCCUCGGCUGGAUAGGAGAUUUCCCGAAUGUGGCAAUUGGUAAUCUUUACGCCCUUUGCCUUAUUCUUUGUGGCGCCGCAGUCGCAGCUAUACCCUUAGCUCCUAGCUAUUGGAUUCUCGCCUCUAUUUGUGCUGCAUUUGGGUUGCUUUUCGCAGCAUCGUUUACUUUCACCCCUAGUCUUUUGGUGAAAUUGGUUUCUCUGGAUGAUUUCACGUCUGCUUAUGGAUUGGUUCUGCUAGCUCAAGGUAUUGGACAUCUGAUUGGACCGCCUUUGUCAGGUCUUAUAUAUGACGUGACGUUGUCCUGGGAGCUGUCUUUUUAUCUCGCCGGCGGCUGGAUCAUCGUGGCCGGAGUGUUGAUAUCUUUCAUACAACCCAUCCGCGUAUACCAGAUGAAGAGAAACGCAGAAUGCGACAGCAUUGCCUAGAUUUCGAUUACACCUGUUAUUAAAACUGUUUUUACUGAUUUAUUAUUCGUUGCUUGAGACCAAAAAAAAAAAAAAUUUUUUUUCUAUUAAGGUAAUUUUGUUUACGGCCAGCAUUUUCAAUUUAUAUAAAUUUGUAACUCAUUUACCUAUUUCUAAUGUUUUAUUGUUAACGUUGUACCAAAAUAAACGAGUUUCGGUAUCGGAUACGAGCUGUAUUGUAAGUUUUUUUGUUUUCAUAGAUAUUUAAAUACAAUCUACUAAAUAUGCCAGCGACUUUAGCAAUAAAACUUCUUUGUAUAGUAUUAAAUUAAAUCCGUAUGUUUGAUAACUUAUUUAAAAAGACUGUUAAAUAUAACAAAGUAUUAAAUUUUUUCUAACGUACUGAUGAUUCAACAUGUAUCCUAUAUUUCUAACUCACCACAUCCCGUAAUGUUUAGUUAGUAAAAUGUUUACGUUAAUUUGAUCCUUUGUUUUUGUUAUACGGUAUGUUAAUAAGGAUUACUACAAACGAUAAGCCUUACCUUACGACAAUAUGGUUACUCUACAUAUAGUUUUUAAUUGUUAUGAAUUACUUAUAAUGAUUUAAAUGAAACUAAGUUAUUCGUAUAAUACUCGUAUAUUAUCGUUUUAUACAUAAUGUCGAGGUUUUGAUUCCUUUACAGCAACCGUGACCACGGGCGGACGAGGUGAAGGUGUUGUAAUGUAAUUUAGUUUCAUAGAAAAUCUUAAUAUCAUUAUUAGUUAUUUAUUUCCAUCAACGUAGGUAGUCGAUGAAAAACCGAAAGUAUGGCUGGAUGUAGUGUGACCAUGAAUUGUGUUGGUAAAAAUACAGCUCUACUAAAAACUAACUAUACUGUGUGUAGUUUUAAAUCUUUCAAUCUCAUGCUAUGUGGUGCAAAUUUUUUUACACUAUAUAUUUGUUAUAAAGAUACGGAUUGUUAGGCUUUUACUUAAGAUGUUUAUAAACUAUACGCGUAACUACAGCUAUGUUAUGAUUACGAGUGUAAACCAAUAUUACAUACAUAUAAAGUUAUAA